CUCCGCAUUUCUCUUCAAACCAAUCCACCAUUUCCAAGCUUCCAAAACUCAAAUUCCACAAAACCCACUUGACCCAAAAUCUCCGCAAGUCACCAGAAUCCGUUGAAUUUCGCUGAAUUUUGAGGAAUCUUGAAAUGGGUAUCGGCAUGAACAGCACCCCACCAAGCUCAGUGGCUCAAUCCCACUACCACACCCACAAGGUCUUCCUGUUCUGCAACUACAUUCUACUUGGCGCGGCCUCCAGUUGCAUCUUCCUCACCCUCUCGCUCCGCCUCCUCCCCUCUAUAAGUGGCUUCUUCCUGAUCCUCCUCCACAUCCUCACCAUCACCGGGGCGGUCUCAGGAUGUGCAGCGGCGUCAUCGGGGACUAGCCGGUGGUACGCGGCUCACAUGGUGAUGACGGUGCUGACGGCAAUAUUUCAAGGGUCGGUGUCGGUGCUGAUCUUCACGAGAACAGGGGAUUUUCUGGGGCAGUUGAAGUCGUAUGUGAGGGAAGAGGAUGGAGCUGUGAUACUGAAGUUGGCUGGUGGGUUAUGUGUGUUGAUCUUCUGCUUGGAGUGGGUGGUGUUGACUCUUGCGUUUUUCUUGAAGUACUAUGCUUAUGUUGAGGGCGAUAAUGGUGGGCAUGCGAUGAGGAGGAGUACUGCCAAAGUGCAGCAAGAGGAAGACAUGAAGGACUGGCCAUGGCCUUUCCAAGUUUAAGUUCAAGCAAAGAAGAUGGUUUGAUUUUCCUGAUCAUCCCAGUGUUGGCCACUGCAGCAUAUUAUAGUAUUAUUCGUUGAAUUUGAUUCAUUGGUUGGAGUGUUCUUUAUUUAUUCUGAAUUGUAUUUCUUUUUAAUGUUUGCUUUACUGUAUUGAGUAAUUUCAUAGGCUACAGAAAUGUUUUAUAUUUUUGCUCCUCUUAA